AUGGCUGAGAGGUUAUCUGACCUUCUUCCUCGAUUGGUGUCAGAUGAGCAAGGGGCGUUCCAGAAAGGUAAGAUUAUUUUAUCAAAUAUUGGAUUAGCCUCUGAGCUUGCUAAUUUGUUACAUACAUCUGUCAGAGGGGGUGGCAUAGGUAUUAAGAUUGACGUGCAGAAAGCCUAUGACACAUUGUCAUGGGAUUUUCUUUUUGUGGUCUUGAAAAAAUUUGGCUUCUCGGAUGUGUGGUUAGCUUGGAUUCAUGAAAUCUUGGUAUCUUCUAGAAUUUCAGUGUUAUUGAAUGGUGGUCCAGUGGGUUUCUUUGGAGUUGAGAAAGAAGAAGUGUUGUGCAGGGGUCUAAAUGGUCUAUUAAAGGAGGGAAAACUGAAGGCGCUCCCUGGUCCUAGAGGUGCUAUUGUCCCCAGUCAUCUGCUUUUCGUGGAUGAUAUCUUUAUCUUCAUGAACGUCAGAGCAAAACAUGUUAGAUGUAUGAGAGAGUUCCUGAUUAAAUACCAAGAAUUUUCUGGCCAAAAAAUAAGCUUGGAGAAGAGUAAGGUUUUUUUUGGCAAAGUCGUCCCUCACAGUAAGAGGUAUGUUUCUGAUUUGCUGGGUAUCCCAAUUUGCUCUCUUCCGAUGAGGUAUCUUGGGGUUGAGAUCUUCAAAGGCACUGUCAAGAAGGAUAGGAUGCUUCCUCUUAUGGAUAAAAUUAAAUCUCGAUUACAGGGAUGGCAAGGCAAACUCCUUUCAAUGGCUAGUCGUGCAGAGCUCAUUCGGUCUGUGAUCUUAGGUAUGCCUAUUCAUAAUUUUUCCAUUUAUUGGUGGCCUGAAUCGGUGAUUAAAACGGUGGAGCGCUGGAUUAGGAAUUUCCUAUGGUCUGGGGAUAUUUCCACAGUGAAGAAAAUCACUGUGAAAUGGGAAGAGAUAUGCCGGCCUAAGGAGGAAGGGGGUUUAGGUAUCAGGCGAUUGAGGGAUGUCAACUGUACGGUGCUUAGCAAACUUGUGUGGCAAAUGAAGCAUGAAGGAUCUACUUUUAGUUCCUUUUUGCGGGCUAGAUUUGUGAAUGAAGGUGGAGACCUCAAGAAGGGUUAUAGAGCAUCUUCGGUGUUUAAAGGAAUUGUGAAGAUGUGGAACUUUGUAUCUCUAUCUGAGCGAUGGAUGGUGGGUACAGGUGAGGACAUUUGUUUUGGAAGGAUCGAUGGAUAG